CGAGCGCGCAAGUUUAGACUUGGCGAAGUGUAUCGCAGUCGAAAUAUUGCCUACAUUCAGUCAGUAUUACAUCUAGGAAGCUGCUGGAUUGCUUUUAAUGAGAGGACAUGAUGAAGGCCGGUGUACUUGUGUUGUUGUGCUUAUAUUGCUCUGUGGAAUGCCGUAAAACGUAUACGCCUGUCGACAAAAAUGCGAAUUUGGCCUUUAUCAACAUGGAGGGUGGUGGGGGGACACGGCCUCCGGUGAACCAGCCACAACAGCCGCCCAGUUCUCCCGCGAAGCCGCCGUCUCCCACAAAUGUUCAACCUCGCCCAGUCUCCCCUACGCAACCGCCUGUGAAACCAAUAGUCACUGUAGUUGCACCCACGCCGGCUCCUACUCCGAAACCUACUCCUGCAGUAAAACCUCAAGUGAAGCCUCAAGCUAAUCCUACUCCGUUAACUACUCCAGGGCCCGGCACCGUCAAACAGCUAGUUAAUUUCUAUGACAGCCAGGGCAAAGGUAGUCCGAUAAGACCAUACAGUUAUAGUCAAGCCGUUAAGCAGGGAUAAUCUAUGAAUAGUUUUAAUUGUAAUGAACAAACUUUCGAAAUGCACAAAUAAAUUGAAUAAAUUUUAAUGCUGAUCGAA